AUGUCUGCUUCCGUGGCCUCCUUAGGCUCAGCGCCCUAUGCAGCUGUUGUGGGUGUUGCUGUAAUCAUCUACUUCCUCAUUUACCCUUUCAUUGUCUACCUCAAGGACCCCAAAGGUCUUCGGCGCUUCCCUAACAUGUCCCCAUUUUCCGGAUUGUCCAAUCUUCCCUUCAUGAUCCUCGCUCAUGGAGGUGCGCGGUCGACUCACCUCGCGAAAUUACACAAGACGAAGCCCAUUCUCAGAACGGGGCCAAACUCAUUGUCCUUCGCCGGCGGUCAAGCCAUCAAAGACAUCUAUGGUCAUGGAACUCCCUGUAUAAAGGACGAAUCAUACAUCGUUGGAGCCGGAACGCACUUUCACCUAGCUGAUGUCGUCGAUAAACACGAGCAUGCAAGAAAGCGAAAGGUCUUGUCAUCUGCCUACGCACUUAAGAACCUCGAGGGCUGGGAGUACAAGGUCGCCGACAAGGUGCAACGAAUGAUCAAUCAUUUUGACAAGGUCUGCACAGAUCCGUUGCCCAAGGGUGUCAGGUUUCCUGACCCCCAAGAUGUCAAUCUUGACUUCCGCGCCUGGUCCAACUUUUUCUCUCUCGACGCCAUCGCCGACAUUGGCUUGUCCGAAAAGCUUGGUCUUCUUGAUCAAGGCCAUGAUCGUGUGGAAGCUCAGCAGACAUGCGGUACGGUUUAUAAGGCUAAUUUACGCGAGUGCCUUUAUCCCACUGCGCGCAAGCAAUCCUAUCUUCUUUGGACCUACGAACACUACAAGUUGCUCAAUAAGAUCUCCAACGUCAUUCCUUUCUAUCGAAAGAUGUCAAAGUCAGCGAAGGGCUGGGAUGAUAUUGUAUUGCGACGAGCUCAGAUACGCUUGGAUCGAUACCAGAAGGGUGAAAAGCUUGAUGAUUUUUUCCAGGCGCUCAUGGAGGACAAGAACGGCAACUCGCAUAAGCUCGAAUGGGGCGAGGUUGUUGCUGAAAUCAACAUCAUGAUGAACGCCGGGAGCGUCACGACCGCGAUUGCUUUGGCCAACAUUCUUUAUCAGUUGAUACUCAACCCUAGGGUGAUGGAGCUACUGCGACAAGAACUUGACUCUGUCCUAGAGCCCGAUGAGGUCGUUGCGCCUUACGAAAAAGUCAAGCAUCUUCCCUACCUUCGCGCCUGUCUCGAUGAGUCACUUCGUCUCUGGCCUCCGACUCCUCAGAAUCUUGGCCGUCAGACUCCUCCAGAAGGAUUGACGAUCAUGGGGCAGUAUAUCCCGGGCAACACGUCUGUUGGAGUGUCUGCUCUCGUAGCACAUCGCGACGAGAGCAUUUAUCCUGAGUCAGAGAAAUUUAUUCCGGAACGAUUCUUGGGCGAAAAGGGAAAAGAACUGCAGUCCCACUUUAUUACUUUCUCAGCUGGUGCUCGAGGUUGCAUUGGGCGCAACAUAUCUUACCUCGAACAGGCUGUUUGUCUUGCUUCAAUAGUUCACCGGUAUGACUUUGCCCUACCAGCGGGCUUUGAACUAAAGAGGGAGGAGACGAUGAACCACAUCCUGGGGCCUAUGCCUGUCAAAGUGUGGAAAAGGAAUCUGGAAGAGUAA